GAGCUCACGACCCAUCCACCCAGGCACAGGCAGGCAGAGGCAGCUCUAUGGAUGAAUCCUCCAGCCCACUCCUGGCCCUGCACGCUGGGAGUCGUGAGCUUGAGACGAUCCUGAGCAACACGGCGGCGCCGUGGGCUCGCCGCGCGUGGGCGGGCGCCGCGGUGGAGCUGCCGCUGCUGCUGCGGCUAGCGCUACCGGCCGUGGCAGUGUACCUGAUCAACUACCUCAUGUCCAUGUCGACGCAGAUCAUGUGCGGCCAGCUCGGCAACCUGGAGCUCGCCGCCGCGUCGCUGGGGAACACCGGCAUCCAGAUCUUCUCAUACGGCCUCAUGCUUGGGAUGGGCAGCGCGGUGGAGACUCUAUGUGGGCAAGCCUAUGGCGCGCACAAGUACAACAUGUUGGGCGUGUACCUGCAGCGGUCCACCAUUCUCCUCACCGUCACCGGCGUCCCCCUCGCCGUGAUCUAUGUCUACUCGGGCCCCAUCCUCCUCCUCCUCGGCGAGUCGGAGCGUAUCGCGGCGGCGGCGGCCGUCUUUGUUUACGGCCUCAUCCCACAGAUCUUCGCUUACGCGGCCAACUUCCCGAUCCAGAAGUUCCUCCAGGCGCAGAGCAUUGUGGCGCCCAGCGCCUACAUUGCAGGCGCCACGCUGGUGCUCCACGUGGCGCUGAGCUGGCUGGCCGUCUACAAGCUGGGCCUCGGCCUCCUGGGAGCAUCGCUGGUGCUCAGCCUCAGCUGGUGGCUCAUCGUGCUUGCCCAGUUCGCCUACAUCCUGACCACACCUAGGUGCAGGGACACCUGGACAGGGUUCACCACGCAGGCAUUCUCCGGCUUGUGCGGCUUUGCCAGGCUGUCCGCCGCGUCAGCGGUCAUGCUCUGCCUAGAGACGUGGUACUUUCAGAUCAUGGUGCUCAUCGCCGGUCAUCUACACAACCCUCAGCUCUCUCUUGAUUCCCUCUCCAUCUGCAUGUCCAUAUUCGGAUGGGUGUUCAUGGUCGCCAUCGGCUUCAACGCGGCAGCAAGUGUUCGUGUGGGAAACGAGCUUGGAGCCGGCAACCCAAGGGCCGCAGCUUUCUCGGUGGUGAUGUCGACCACAAUGUCGUUCCUUCUCGCUGUUGUCGCGGCAGUGGUUGUGUUGUUCUUCCGCGAUCGCAUCUCCUACCUGUUCACAGGUGGCGAAGCCGUUGCCAACGCAGUGUCCGACCUCUGCCCGCUACUCGCCAUCACGCUCAUACUCAAUGGCGUUCAACCCGUGCUUUCUGGUGUGGCUGUGGGGUGCGGUUGGCAGGUGUUUGUGGCAUACGUGAAUGUUGGGUGCUAUUAUUUCAUCGGCAUACCGCUAGGCGUAUUCAUGGGUUUCUACCUUGGUCUGGGCGCAAAGGGAGUUUGGAGUGGCAUGGUAAUCGGCGGAACACUAUUACAAACGCUCAUCCUGUUAUGGGUGACUUUCAGGACCGACUGGCAACAUGAGGUCGAGAAGGCCCACGCGAGGAUUGCGAUAUGGGGAGACAAGAAACAUUCAUUGCAACAUGAUUGAUCAGUGGCAAAAUAUGUAGCUACAAUUAGUGAGCAGGGUCGACUUCCCUGGGCUAAAUAAACCGUCCUAUUUCUCAGAACUGAGUUGUAUUUCUAAAUUGUAAUUUGUGUUUAGUUGUUGGGCAACAUUAUUCACGAACUUAGAAAGUGAUUCAACAGAAUUUAUGUGAACUUCGAAGAUUGUGGAUGGUGUAAGCAAGCCAUUUAUUGUGUAUUUUGAUAAUCCAAAGGAAGUAAAGGUUUCAAGAGAUCCCAUGUUU